UGGAGGCCACAGUAUAGGCACAAAUUUUGUCUACAAGCAAUGGCGAAUAAUAGGCUGGCUGACUCGAAUGCAUGGAGAAUAUUUGUGGCUGCUAUAAUCCUGCAGUUCGCACUCUGCUGGUGUGCAAAAACCGAGAAAGAAGUCAUCGCUUAUCCAAGAAUACUGGAAGAGAGGAUGACUGGGGCACCCUUGGUUCUUAAGAUUACAGAUGACAUAACACUGAAUCUUGAAAGAAGUUUCGUACUGGCUGAUGAGCUGCUCUUUGUUACGAGCGGUAGGGAAGAACACCAUGUGGAAAGAGUAGACACGUCUUUCAUUCAGAGGAAUCUCUACCACGACACACAUCGACAGUCUUCUGUUAUGGUACGCAGUGUUGGCGGAGCAGUCCAAGUCGAAGGUAUCCUUGGCAGCGAGCUGAGAAUCAAGCCCUUACUGCAAGCACCACGAUCUCUUGAAGGUCAAAUAGCACACAAAGUAUACGAAGUCGAGGAGAAGGCAGACUCAAGAGCAAUGCGUAUGGCCUAUGUACCGACAGGAAAAAGGGGACGAAGGAAUAGACAGAAUAGAAACAAUACCCUCAAACAUGAAGCUGCGAACCCACAGGACAAGUCAGAUACCUUUCUUGUGGAAGUUCACGUGAUUUCGGACAUGAAACAUCAACAUAGCUUCAAGAAAAAUGAAGAACUAAUUGCUUACAUGGCAAUCAUGACAAACGCUGUCAACUUAAGAUUUGUCGACAUGACAAGACCGAGGGUCAGUUUCAUCCUCGUCGGAAUAACAAGGAGCAGAGAUGAUGCUUUCGCGACAAUACACCAAGGCAAGUUGGAUGCGCCAGCGACGUUGGGCGGGCUCGAAAAAUACAUCGAGAAUGGAAAAGUUCCUGGAAGCAAUGACAUCGUGUUUCUUGUAACUGGGUUGGACAUGUUCAACAAACCGGACGGAAAAAUUAACACGGGUUUGGCCGACGUGCAAGAGAGGAGUUUUUGGGAAGCAUGAACGGUUCCAUUAAGAAUGAACAACUCUCGAAUAUCAUUGGAUGUCUCAGCCAAAUAAACAGGU